CUCUUCGCCAAUCUUGACACUACCUAAAACAUCCAUCACCAAAUCACCAAUACCAACCGACCUGGACCAACAUCCAGCAAUUAAUCAUUUCAAUCAAGAGAACGAACAAUUAACUGCCCUCAUCAAGAUAUGAGUCGCGCCGGCAAGAUUGCCCCCGAGCAGCUUCCAAUCUUGUUCGUGAAGAAUCUAAACUACGAGGUAUCGUCUGACGCGCUUUGGAAACUCUUUGAUCCCGGCGAGGACGGACUCAUCCGCCAAAUUCGACAGGGAAUAUCGGUCGAUGCAAAGGGAACUGCCUAUGUCGUCUUCUGGAACGUCAUGGAUGCAAAGAAUGCCCUCGAGAAGCUAAAUGGGUACAACUUCCAGAACCGUUACCUCGUCGUGCUAUGGCACCAGCCAGAGAAGACCUUGAAGUCGAAAGAUGACCUCCAGGCUCGCAAGGACAAUUUAGCGCAGCUCAAGAUGAAGCAUGGAAUCGAUUGACAAUUAGACGGGCCUGCGGACAGGCUACAGACAUGUGCUCGUACUCCGUCUGCAGUCCCGUCUUCUCCAGCUUCUACCACAUCUAGCUCGCGAGCUACCACCUCCACUACGACGUCGAUCCAGAAGACUCCGGCGUCGGUGGCGAAUAAUAAGAAGGGCAGGCCCGACGACGUCGCCGGGCACGCACGCAAGCUCGCAUUGAACUUCGUGCGAGGCAUUCUCCCACAGAAAUCCAACAAGCUAUGCAUGACUUAGAACGUAUCGUACACAUCAUCUGCGCAGAUAUGGACAAUACGGUCACGCUAUACAACAAAUUUCACGAGAGCGCAGAAUUGGCUUUUGCUCGGCAUGCUACCGCUACCCUUGCUACCCCUUUUAUGAUUGCGAGUCGCUCUUUAGGUACACCUACAGAACGCAGGGAACGUUGUACGUUGUUCAGAUUGAUUAAGGUUGAUUCGGGAGGUUCUAGGGAAUGGGCACCACGUGUGUCACA